ACGAAAACGAUAACUGAUCUAUUCUGAGGGUAUAAAUAUUAAGUCAAACAAAAUUGUGAGUAUCAUUAGUAGACUACCUUCCAUUUACGUUUCAUCAACUCCUAGAACAGCUCAAAAAAUUCAUCAUGUUCGCUAAAGUGAUUGUUCUGGCUGCCGUUGCUCUCGCUUGCGCCAAUGGAAAACCACUAGUUGCUGCUCCGUUGGUGGCCGCUAGUCCUGCUGUAGUGACCGCUCAAAGUUCGCAGUUCGUUUCCAGAAACUAUAACGGAAUCGCUGCCGCUUAUACAGCUCCGUUGGCCGCAGCCUACACUGCGCCUGUUGCCACUGCCGCUUACACUGCUCCCUUGACUGCAUCAGCUUAUACCGCCGCUUACACUGCUCCAGUUGCUGCCGCUUACACUGCUCCAUUUGCAGCUGCCGCUUACACUGCUCCAUUUGCAGCAUCCGCUUACACUGCUUCUCCAUACUAUCCUUAUGUUCUGUGAACUGUUACCCUCGUCUCCAAUAAACCUUACCGUUGAAUAGUUUGAA